UGGAGCGCGCGCGCGCCCGGACCAAGUGGCCGCGCGCGCGCGCCCGGACCAAGUGGCGCGCGCGCGCCCGGACCAAGUGGCGCGCGCGCGCCCGGACCAAGUGGCGCGCGCGCCGCCCGGACCAAGUGGCGCGCGCGCGCGCGCGCCCGGACCAAGUGGCACGCGCGCGCGCCACCCGGACCAAGUGGAGCGCGCGCGCGCCCGGACCAAGUGGCCCGCGCGCGCCCGGACCAAGUGGCGCGCGCGCGCUGCGCGCCGGACCAAGUGGAGCGCGCGCGCGCGCCCGGACCGAGUGGCGCGCGCGCGCGCCCGGACCGAGUGGCGCGCGCGCGCGCCCGGACCGAGUGGCGAGCGCGCGGACCAAGUGGCGCGCGCGUGGACCAAGAGGGGCGCGCGGACCAAGUGGCGCGUGCGCGCCCGGACCAAGUGGCGCGCGCGCGCGCGCCCGGACCAAGUGGCGCGCGCGCGCCCGGACCAAGUGGCGCGCGCGCGCGCGCCUGGACCAAGUGGCACGCGCGCGCGCCACCCGGACCAAGUGGAGCGCGCGCGCGCCCGGACCAAGUGGCGCGCGCUGCGCGCGCCGGACCAAGUGGAGCACGCGCGCGCGCCCGGACCAAGUGGAGCGCGCGCGCGCCUGGACCAACUGGAGCGCGCGCGCACCCGGACCAACUGGCGUGCGCGCGCGCUCACGGACCAAGAGGCGCGCGCGCGCGCCCGGACCAAGUGGCGCGCGCGCGCGCGCUUUGACCAAAUGGCGCGCGCGCGCGCCCGGACCAAGUGGCGCGCGCGCGCGCGCCCGGACCCAGUGGAGCACGCGCGCGCGUCCGGACCGAGUGGCGCGCGCGCGCGCCCGGACCGAGUGGCGCGCGCGCGCGCCCGGACCGAGUGGCGCGCGCGCGCGCCCGGACCGAGUGGCGCGCGCCCGCGCCCUGGCGCGCGCGCGCGCUUGGACCUAGUGGCGCGCGCAUGCGCGGACCAAGUGGCGCGCGCGCGCGCCCGGACCAAGUGGCGCGCGCGCGCCCGGACCAAGUGGCGCGCGCGCGCCCGGACCAAGUGGCGCGCGCGCGCGCGCCCGGACCAAGUGGCGCGCGCUCGCGCCCGGACCAAGUGGAGCGCGCGCGCGCGCCCCGGACCAAGUGGCGCGCGCGCGCGCCCGGACCAAGUGGCUCGCGCGCGCGCGCCUGGACCAAGUGGCGCGCGCGCGCCCGGACCAAGUGGCGCGCGCGCGCGCGCCCGGACCAAGUGGCGCGCGCGCGCGCCCGGACCAAGUGGCGCGCGCGCGCGCUUGGACCUAGUGGCGCGCGCGCGCGCGGACCUAGUGGCGCGCGCGCGCCCGGACCUAGUGGCAAGCGCGCGCGCGGACCAAGUGGCGCGCGCGCGCGCCCGGACCAAGUGGCGCGCGCCGCGCGCGCCCGGACCAAGUGGCGCGCGCGCGCGCGCCCGGACCAAGUGGCGCGCGCUCGCGCCUGGACCAAGUGGCGCGCGCGCGCGCCCGGACCUGGUGGCGCGCGCGCGCCCGGACCAAGUGGCGCGUGCGCGCCCGGACCAAGUGGCGCGCCGCGCGCGCCCGGACCUGGUGGCGCGCGCGCGCCCGGACCACGCGGCGCGCGCGCGCGCUCCCGGACCAAGCGGCGCGCGCGCGCGCAGACCAAGUGGCGCGCGCUCGGGCCCGGACCAAGUGGCGCGCGCGCGCGCCCGGACCAAGUGGGCGCGCGCGCGCGGACCAAGAGGCGCGCGCGCGCGCCCGGACCAAGUGGCGCGCGCGCGCCCGGACCUAGUGGCGCGCGCCGCGCUGCGCCCGGACAAAGUGGCGCGCGCGCGCGCGCCCGGACCAAGUGGCGCGCGCGCGUGCGGACCUAGUUGCGGGCGCGCGCUCCCGGAUCAAGUGGAGCGCGUGCGCGCCCGGACCAAUGGCGCGCGCGCGCGCGCGGGGACCAAGUGGUGCGCGCGCAGCGCGCGGACCAAGUGGCGCGCGCGCGCGCGCGGACCAAGUGGCGCGCGCGCGCGCCCUGACCAAGUGGCGCGCGCGCGCGCGCCCGGACCAAGUGGCGCGCGCGCGCGCCCGGACCAAGUGGCGCGCGCGCGCCCGGACCAAGUGGCGCGCGCGCGCGCGCUCGGACCUAGUGGCGCGCGCGCGCGCGGACCUAGUGGCGCGCGCGCGCGCCUGGACCAAGUGGAGCGCGCGCGCGCCCGGACCAAGUGGCGCGCGCGCGCGCCCGGACCAAGUGGCGCUGCGCGCGCCCGGACCAAGUGGCGCGCGCGCGCCCGGACCAAGUGGCGCGCGCGCGCGCGCGCCCGGACCAAGUGGCACGCGCGCGCGCCACCCGGACCAAGUGGAGCGCGCGCGCGCCCGGACCAAGUGGCCCGCGCGCGCCCGGACCAAGUGGCGCGCGCGCGCGCGCCGGACCAAGUGGAGCGCGCGCGCGCGCCCGGACCGAGUGGCGCGCGCGCGCGCCCGGACCGAGUGGCGCGCGCGCUGCGCCCGGACCGAGUGGCGAGCGCGCGGACCAAGUGGCGCGCGCGUGGACCAAGAGGGGCGCGCGGACCAAGUGGCGCGUGCGCGCCCGGACCAAGUGGCGCGCGCGCGCGCGCCCGGACCAAGUGGCGCGCGCGCGCCCGGACCAAGUGGCGCGCGCGCGCGCGCGCCUGGACCAAGUGGCACGCGCGCGCGCCACCCGGACCAAGUGGAGCGCGCGCGCGCCCGGACCAAGUGGCGCGCGCGUGGACCAAGAGGGGCGCGCGGACCAAGUGGCGCGUGCGCGCCCGGACCAAGUGGCGCGCGCGCGCGCCUGGACCAACUGGAGCGCGCGCGCACCCGGACCAACUGGCGUGCGCGCGCGCUCACGGACCAAGAGGCGCGCUGCGCGCGCCCGGACCAAGUGGCGCCGCGCGCGCGCGCUUUGACCAAAUGGCGCGCGCGCGCGCCCGGACCAAGUGGCGCGCGCGCGCGCGCCCGGACCCAGUGGAGCACGCGCGCGCGUCCGGACCGAGUGGCGCGCGCGCGCGCCCGGACCGAGUGGCGCGCGCGCGCGCCCGGACCGAGUGGCGCGCGCGCGCGCCCGGACCGAGUGGCGCGCGCCCGCGCCCGUACCAAGUUGCGUGCGCGCGCGUGCGGACCAAGAGGCGCGCGCGCGCGCGCCCCGGACCAAGUGGCGCGCGCGCGCGCUUGGACCUAGUGGAGCGCGCGCGCGCCCGGACCAAGUGGCGCGCGCGCGCGCCCGGACCAAGUGGCGCGCGCGCGCCCGGACCAAGUGGCGCGCGCGCGCCCGGACCAAGUGGCGCGCGCGCGCGCGCCCGGACCAAGUGGCGCGCGCUCGCGCCCGGACCAAGUGGAGCGCGCGCGCGCGCCCGGACCAAGUGGCGCGCGCGCGCGCCCGGACCAAGUGGCUCGCGCGCGCGCGCCUGGACCAAGUGGCGCGCGCGCGCCCGGACCAAGUGGCGCGCGCGCGCGCGCGCCCGGACCAAGUGGCGCGCGCGCGCGCCCGGACCAAGUGGCGCGCGCGCGCGCUUGGACCUAGUGGCCGCGCGCGCGCGCGGACCUAGUGGCGCGCGCGCGCGCCUGGACCAAGUGGAGCGCGCGCGCGCCCGGACCAAGUGGCGCGCGCGCGCGCCCGGACCAAGUGGCGCGCGCGCGCCCGGACCAAGUGGCGCGCGCGCGCCCGGACCAAGUGGCGCGCACGCGCGCCCGGACCAAGUGGCGCGCGCGCGCGCCCGGACCUAUGGCGCGCGCGCGCGCCCGGACCAAGUGGCGCGCGCGCGCCCGGACCAAGUGGUGCGCGCGCGCGCGCCCGGACCAAGUGGUGCGCGCGCGCGAGCCCGGACCAAGUGGCGCGCGCGCGCGCCCGGACCUAGUGGCGCGCGCGCGCGCCCGGACCUAGUGGCGCGCGCGCGCCCCGGACCUAGUGGCGCGCGCGCGCGCCCGGACCAUGUGGAGCGCGCGCGCGCCCGGACCAAGUGGCGCGCGCGCGCGCCCGGACCAAGUGGCGCGCCGCGCGCGCCCGGACCUAGUGGCGCGCGCGCGCCCGGACCUAGUGGCAAGCGCGCGCGCGGACCAAGUGGCGCGCGCGCGCGCCCGGACCAAGUGGCGCGCGCGCGCGCGCCCGGACCAAGUGGCGCGCGCGCGCGCGCCCGGACCAAGUGGCGCGCGCUCGCGCCUGGACCAAGUGGCGCGCGCGCGCGCCCGGACCUGGUGGCGCGCGCGCGCCCGGACCAAGUGGCGCACUCGCGCGCCGGACCAAGUGGCGCGCGCGCGCGCCCGGACCUGGUGGCGCGCGCGCGCCCGGACCACGCGGCGCGCGCGCGCGCUCCCGGACCAAGCGGCGCGCGCGCGCGCUCCCGGACCAAGCGGCGCGCGCGCGCGCGCCCGGACCAAGCGGCGCGCGCGCGCGCGCCCGGACCAAGCGGCGCGCGCGCGCGCGCCCGGACCAAGCGGCGCGCGCGCGCGCGCCCGGACCAAGCGGCGCGCGCGCGCGCGCCCGGACAAAGUGGCGCGCGCGCGCGCGCCCGGACCAAGUGGCGCGCGCGCGCGCCCGGACCAAGUGGCGCGCGCGCGCGCCCGGACCUAGUGGCGCGCGCGCGCGCGGACCUAGUUGCGGGCGCGCGCUCCCGGAUCAAGUGGAGCGCGUGCGCGCCCGGACCAAGUGACGCGCGCGCGCGCCCGGACCAAGUGGCGCGCGUGCGCGCCCGGACCAAGUGGCGCGCGCGCGCCCGGACCAAGUGGCGCGCGCGCGCGCGCCCGGACCAAGUGGCGCGCGCGCGCGCGCCCGGACCAAGUGGCGCGCGCGCGCGCGCGGGGACCAAGUGGCGCGCGCGCGCGCGCGGACCAAGUGGCGCGCGCGCGCGCCCGGACCAAGUGGCGCGCAGCGCGCGCCCGGACCAAGUGGCGCGCGCGCGCGCGCGCCCGGACCAAGUGGCGCGCGCGCGACCAAGUUGCGCGCGCACGCGCCCGGACCAAGUGGCGCGCGCUCGCGCCUGGACCACUGGCGCGCGCGCGCGCCCGGGACCGAGUGGCGAGCGCGCGGACCAAGUGGCGCGCGCGUGGACCAAGAGGGGCGCGCGGACCAAGUGGCGCGUGCGCGCCCGGACCAAGUGGCGCGCGCGCGCGCCCGGACCAAGUGGCGCGCGCGCGCCCGGACCAAGUGGCGCGCGCGCGCGCCCGGACCUAGUGGCGCGCGCGUGCGCAGACCAAGUGGCGCGCGCUCGGGCCCGGACCAAGUGGCGCGCGCGCGCGCCCGGACCAAGUGGCGCGCGCGCGCGGACCAAGAGGCGCGCGCGCGCGCCCGGACCAAGUGGCGCGCGCGCGCCCGGACCUAGUGGCGCGCGCGCGCGCGCCCGGACAAAGUGGCGCGCGCGCGCGCGCCCGGACCAAGUGGCGCGCGCGCGUGCGGACCUAGUUGCGGGCGCGCGCUCCCGGAUCAAGUGGAGCGCGUGCGCGCCCGGACCAAGUGACGCGCGCGCGCGCCCGGACCAAGUGGCGCGCGUGCGCGCCCGGACCAAGUGGCGCGCGCGCGCCCGGACCAAGUGGCGCGCGCGCGCGCGCGGGGACCAAGUGGUGCGCGCGCGCGCGCGGACCAAGUGGCGCGCGCGCGCGCGCGGACCAAGUGGCGCGCGCGCGCGCCCUGACCAAGUGGCGCGCGCGCGCGCGCCCGGACCAAGUGGCGCGCGCGCGUGCCCGGACCAAGUGGCGCGCGCGCGCGCGCCCGGACCAAGUGGCGCGCGCGCGACCAAGUUGCGCGCGCACGCGCCCGGACCAAGUGGCGCGCGCUCGCGCCUGGACCACGUGGCGCGCGCGCGCCCGGACCUAGUGGCGCGCGCGCGCGCGCCGGACCAAGUGGAGCGCGCGCGCGCGCCCGGACCGAGUGGCGCGCGCGCGCGCCCGGACCGAGUGGCGCGCGCGCGCGCCCGGACCGAGUGGCGCGCGCGCGCGCCCGGACCGAGUGGCGAGCGCGCGGACCAAGUGGCGCGCGCGUGGACCAAGAGGGGCGCGCGGACCAAGUGGCGCGUGCGCGCCCGGACCAAGUGGCGCGCGCGCGCGCCCGGACCAAGUGGCGCUCGCGCGCCCGGACCAAGUGGCGCGCGCGCACGCGCCCGGACCAAGUGGCACGCGCGCGCGCCACCCGGACCAAGUGGAGCGCGCGCGCGCCCGGACCAAGUGGCGCGCGCGCGCGCGCCGGACCAAGUGGAGCACGCGCGCGCGCCCGGACCAAGUGGAGCGCGCGCGCGCCUGGACCAACUGGAGCGCGCGCGCACCCGGACCAACUGGCGUGCGCGCGCGCUCGCGGACCAAGAGGCGCGCGCGCGCGCCCGGACCAAAUGGCGCGCGCGCGCGCGCUUGGACCAAAUGGCGCGCGCGCGCGCCCGGACCGAGUGGCGCGCGCGCGCGCGCCCGGACCGAGUGGCGCGCGCGCUGCGCGCGCCGGGAUCGAGUGGCGCGCUGCGCGCGCCCGGACCGAGUGGCGCGCGCGCGCGCCCGGACCAAGUUGCGUGCGCGCGCGUGCGGACCAAGAGGCGCGCGCGCGCGCGCCCGGACUAA